UUCAACAUUGUUUAGAAAGUCGAUACGGUCAAGUACGCACGUGUAGACCGUCUUUUACUUAUUCGUUGAUAUAUUUGUUUUUAUACUAAAUAAAUAGCUUAUGUGAAAUUAUAUAAAAUCAUUAUGUAGUUUUUAAUAUGAAAUAAAACUUAAAUUCUUAAUGAUAGAUUUCCAAAAGGCGAUCAGUUUAAAUUGGUUCAUGUUAAAAAUAAUCGGUUUGUGGCCGCCAGACAACCGGGACUCGCGACAAAUUGUAAAACUAAAACUUCGACGGCUGUGCAGUUUCAUCACGUUACUUUUCGUAAUCACGAUACCGAGUUUAAUGUCAUUGAUUAAAGUAUGGGGUGACAUGAUACUAAUGAUAGAUAAUAUGCAAUAUAGUCUACCUCUGACGAUAGCGGUUUUGAAAGUGGGCAUUAUUUGGUACAAACAAGAAGUUUUAGCACCUCUUAUUGAUAUGAUUGAAAAAGAUUGGAUGAAAGUAAAGAUUAAAGAGGAGCAAAAAGUGAUGUUAAGGCACGCUAGGAUUUCUCGAGCGAUCGCUAUGUGCGCAUUGUCCAUGAUAUUUUUUGGAUUAAUCUUUAUAUUUGGUUUACCGUGGCUCAAAAUAACAAAGAGAUAUUUUACUAAUUUAACGGACUCUGGAAAACGUUUGCCAAUAUCAACAUACUAUCUAUACGAUGUAACCAAAAGUCCGCAAUUUGAGUUGACGCUACUAGCGCAAACAUUCGCAACGUUCAUAGCUGCUAUUUCUUCCACUGCAAUCGACAACUUGUUCGGUCUAUUAGUUUUUCACGUAUGCGGUCAAUUGGAAAAUUUACAUUUACGGUUUUCACAUAUGAAGAAGUAUUCCAACUACGAUGAAAUUUUGAAAUAUAACGUCCGAGAUAACAUUCGUUUGAUCAGAUCUAUCGAAGUUAUCGAUGAUUGUUUCAAUUUAAUGCUACUUAACCUGAUGCUUUAUUUUUGUAUAAUAUUUUGCCUACAUGGUUUUCUCAUCGUCAAUGUUAUUAAGCAAAAAGGCCAAUUAUCAGUUAUGCAGUUGAGUGAAAUUAUAAUAGCGUGCACUUCCGUUUUAUUGCAUAUGUGCGUUUAUUGCGCUUAG